GUUUUCUCUUCAGUACCACUUUCUCCCUUUCCUCUCAAUUGUCAUGGUUUGUUCAAAUCUAUAUUGAACCUCGCAUUAAUUGACCUUUUCAUAUAGUCUAAUCCUUGUAAACGACGACUCAUCCGAGAUUUCAAGCGGCUUUCUUCGGACCCGCCAGGUGGGAUUUCUGGCAGUCCAUGCCCCGAUAAUAUCAUGCUGUGGAAUGCAGUAAUCUUCGGUCCAGCGGACACACCAUUCGAAGAUGGCACUUUCAAGCUCGUGCUGACAUUCGAUGAAUCAUACCCCAAUAAACCUCCCACCGUCAAGUUCUUAUCGAGAAUGUUCCAUCCUAACGUCUACGCCAACGGCGAGCUUUGCUUAGAUAUCCUUCAAAAUCGCUGGUCACCAACGUACGAUGUGGCUGCUAUCCUCACGUCCAUUCAAAGUCUCCUACAUGAUCCGAAUCCGAAUAGUCCUGCAAACGCCGAAGCUGCACAGCUCUACAGGGAAAAUAUGAAGGAAUAUGUGAGGAGAGUUAAGGCGACGGUCGAGGAGAGCUGGUUAGAUCCUGGGGAAACUGAGAAUGUGGACACGGAGAUGGCUACUGGUCCUUCAGCUGCCUCUUAACUUUUGGUCCCCCUCGUGCUAUGUACUCAUUCCUUUGUUUUUUUAAUCCGCCAAAUCGACGUGUAUAAUUCUAUAGCAAUUGUAUUCAUCAUUUCAUUCCUGGCUUAAGAGUCUGGAGACGCUUGUAACACUCAUUCCGGUACCAUAGCAUCGUUCCAGAUCUCAC